CUGUCAGUCAGGCGGGGAGCGGCCGGGGAUUGGCGCCGGGCUGGUUACGCAGUUGCUUUGCGCGCACAUACAAGGGUAGGGCCGGGGGUAGGUGAUCAAUCCUCAUCAGGGCCGCGGCUCCAUCGCCCCGACAGCGCGGGCCGCCGGCAAGGCGCUCCGGCCUCACCUCUGCGCGGGGAAGAAAUAGAUCCUCGUUGUUAUUUUGAUUUUUUUUUCCUUCGUUUUUAUUUUUCUCUCACUUCACCUGCUAUCUCUCGAGGACCUCGUGGCGGUGACGGCAGGACUGAACGAAAAAAAAACUCCUUUCACGCCGACUUUGUGCUCCGUUUUUAAAUUGUCGUUGGCUUUUUUUUUUUUUUCCCUCUUAUUUGGGGAUUUUUUGGGGGGCUCUUUUUGUCAGGUUUUUUUUUCCUUUCAUUUCCCCCUUCCCCACCCCAUACAUUCGAUUUGAUUUUGAUUUUUUUUUUCCUGCCGGACUUUGGAGGAAAACUGCCCGGCUUCUAGCAUGAUGUCUUACCUCAAACAGCCCCCUUACGGCAUGAAUGGGCUGGGGCUGACGGGCCCCGCCAUGGACCUGCUGCAUCCCUCCGUGGGGUAUCCGGCCACCCCGCGGAAGCAGCGGCGGGAGCGCACCACCUUCACCCGCUCGCAGCUGGACGUGCUGGAGGCGCUCUUUGCCAAGACCCGCUACCCUGACAUCUUCAUGCGGGAGGAGGUCGCCCUGAAGAUCAACCUGCCCGAAUCCCGAGUCCAGGUCUGGUUCAAGAACCGCCGCGCCAAGUGCCGGCAGCAGCAGCAGAGCGGCGGCGGGGCCAAGAGCCGUCCGGCCAAGAAGAAAUCGUCUCCCGCUCGGGAGAGCUCGGGUUCGGAGAGCAGCGGGCAGUUCACGCCUCCGGCAGCGGCCUCCAGCUCCGCCUCGUCUUCCUCCUCCAGCUCGGCCUCCUCAGCCCCGGUGGGCGCCCCGGCCUCCCUCAGCACCCCGGCGUCAUCCAUCUGGAGCCCGGCUUCCAUCUCUCCCGGCGCGGCGCCCGCGGGGGUGACGGUGCCCGAGCCGCUGCCGCCGGCCGCCGCCUCCUGCAUGCAGCGGGCCGGCCCCGCCGCCUCGGCCGCCUCCGCCUCCUACCCCGUGUCCUACAGCCAGGGCGGGGGGUACGGCCAGGGCUACCCCGCGCCGCCCUCCUCGUCCUACUUCGGGGGCGUGGAUUGCAGCUCCUACCUGGCGCCCAUGCACUCCCACCACCAUCCCCACCAGCUCAGCCCCAUGGGGCCCUCCUCGGUGCCGGGCCACCACCACCACCACCCGCUGAGCCAGAGCUCGGGCCACCACCACCAUCACCACCACCAUCACCACCACCAAGGUUACGGCGGCACAGGGCUGCCCUUCAAUUCCUCCGACUGCCUGGACUACAAGGAGCCCGCCGCUGCCGCUGCCGCCUCCUGGAAGCUCAACUUCAACUCCCCCGACUGCCUUGACUACAAGGACCAGGCGUCCUGGCGCUUCCAGGUCUUGUGAGGGACCGGUCACCAUCCUCCCAAGCUGCCACUGACCCCCACCUGGGGAUCCCCACCGCCUCCUGGGCCGGACUCUGGGCUCUUCCUCCUCCUCCUCCUCCCUCUUCGUUAGCAGUGGCGAUGUCCUGGGGAGGUCCUGCCGCCCCCAUCUCUACUGACUGAUAUUUAUUUGCUUCCUGCACCACUCCACCGGGUUUAUUAUAAUUAUUAUUUUUUUAAACGCAACAGAAGAGGAGUUUAAAACAAA